AUGGGUGCUCACUUAUCAUUGAUGGCGCCAACCGCUCCAUCCAUUGCCCUUUCAGCAUAUGUUGAUGUGUUGGAUCAAAUACAAUAUUUAGAACAAUUAGGAACUUCAAGAUUUUUGAAAACAGUCAAAGCAAAUGAUCCAGAUGGUUCAAUUGUUACAAAGGUAUUCAUUAAACCAAAUGAAGGUAUCGAAUUAUCGAAAUGGAAGAAAAUUCUUGAUAAACAAAAAGAUGAUCUUGUUGAUAUACCUAGUGUUUUACCAUAUUUGAAAAUAAUAGAAACAGAUAGAGCUGGUUAUCUAAUACGGCAAUUUAUCAAAUCAAACAUAUAUGAUAGAAUAAGUACAAGACCAUUUUUGGAGAAGAUUGAGAAAAAAUGGAUCAUUUUCCAAUUGUUGAAUGCUGUUAAUGAUUGUCAUGAAAGAGAUGUUACACAUGGUGAUAUUAAGACCGAAAAUAUACUUGUAACGUCAUGGAAUUGGAUAUUAUUAACUGAUUUUGCUCCUUUCAAACCGGUUUAUUUACCAGAAGAUAACCCAGGAAGUUUUUCAUUCUUUUUCGAUACAUCACAAAGAAGAACAUGUUAUUUAGCACCUGAAAGAUUUUUGAAUAAUGAUGAUUAUGAUGUGGAAUUAAAUGAAGGUGCUAUUAUAACGAAGGAAAUGGAUGUUUUCAGUUUAGGUUGUGCCAUUGCUGAGAUUUAUUUGGAAGGUGUACCAAUUUUCACUUUAUCACAAUUAUAUAAAUAUAAAAGAGGAGAGUUUGAACCAGAUUUGAAUGUAAUUGAUGAUCCUCAUAUUAGAGAACUAGUGAAGAGUAUGAUAAGUUUGGAUCCAAAAGAUAGAUCGUCAACAAAAGAAUAUUUAGAUCAAUACAAAUCAGUUGCUUUCCCAGAAAAUUUCUAUACUUUCAUUUAUGAAUAUUUUAAAAGUUUUAAUGAAGAUAUUGUUCCAUUCCAUUCAACUGGGAGAGUAUAUGAAUGUGACUCAAGAAUUAAACGUUUAUAUAAUGAUUUUGACAAAAUAUCAUACUUCCUGGGUUAUAAAUAUGAAGCAACAAAAGAUGAUGAGUUAGACGCUGAUGAAAGAAUCAGAAAUGGUUCUUUGAAACCAAUAAGACUUUCAUUACCAGGGAUACAGAAAAAUUAUAGCUUAAAAUCAACCUCUAAAGUAUUGGGUGGUCCAGAUGAUGCAGCAUUAAUAUUUCUAAGCUUUAUAGUUACAGCAUCACGUAAUGUUCGCCAAGAAUCAUCAAAAAUUCAAGCAUUGGAACUAAUAUUAGCAUUAGCAGAAAGAGUUCACGAUGAAGCCAAAUUAGAUAGAGUGCUUCCAUAUGUCAUUUUGUUCUUUAAUGAUUCCUCCAUCAAUGUUCAAGCUACUGCUUUAAAGACUUUGACACAACUUUUGGUGCUUGUUGAUGCAAUUGGUCCUGUCAAUGUUUUAUUAUUUUCUGAAUAUAUCAUACCUCGUUUAUCUGCUUUGUUAUCAAAUGCUUCAACAUAUGUUAGAAUUGUUUUUGCUGCAUGUCUUCCAUAUUUAUCUCAAACUUCAUUAAGAUUUCAUGAUAUGGCUACCAUUUUGAAGACUACUGUGCUUGAAACAUCAAUUGAUCCUGAAACUGAAAAUAAUGGUAUCUCACCAGUAGGUAUGUUUGAUAUUUCAAAGGAAAGUUUACGUGCUGAUUUUGAAACAUUUGCGAUCUCUAUGCUAACAGAUACUGAACCAAAUGUUAAAAUUGCAUUGCUGAAAAAUAUUUUACCAUUAUGUUCAUUCUUUGGUAAAGAAAAGACAAAUGAUUUGAUUUUAAGUCAUUUGAUAACUUACUUGAACGAUAAGAGCUCAUUUUUAAGAAUUUCUUUCGUUGAAGCUGUUGUUGGACUAUCUAUUUAUGUCGGUAGUGCAAGUUUAGAGCAUUAUAUUCUACCUUUAUUAGUACAAACUUUAACAGAUCCUGAAGAAUUAGUGGUUAUCAGAGUCUUACAAAUUUUCAGAGAUUUGAACAAAUUAGGGUUGAUAAGCAAAGAUUACAUUUGGGACCUUUUAAGUUCAGUUUCGAAAUUGUUGCUACAUCCUAAUGAAUGGAUUAAACAGUCAGCAUUAAUGCUAAUAAUAUCCACUGCUGAACAUGUUUCAUUAGCUGAUUUAUACUGUGUUUUAUAUCCUAUUAUUAGACCAUAUUUUGAAUAUGAUGUUACAUCAUUUACAUGGGAUGGACUAUAUUCUGUUUGCAAACGUUCUAUUUCACGUUCUGUCUAUAAUUUAGCUUGUACAUGGUCAUUAAGAGCUGAGAAUUCAUUGUUUUGGCAACAAGUUAAAAGUCCACAUACAGAUGCAUUUGGUAAUAGAGGUCUUGACUUUUUAAGUAAACCAUUAGGUGGGCUAUCUGCUUCAAAACAAAACGGUGUCAACUCUAUAAUAUCAUCACAUAAUGAAGUUCCGUUAUCAAGUGAAGAUAAAUCUUGGAUUGAUAGACUUAUUUCCUCUGGAUUACAUGAAAAGGAACUAUGGAAAGUUGCUGAUAUGAGAGAAUAUAUUUAUAGAGUUUCCAGAAUGUCUAUCAGAAAUGCUGGCAAAGAAUAUGAAGAACAAAAUGGUGUUGAAACCCAAAAAUUUGGUGUGCUACCCAAAAAUGUUUUCUUUGAUUCAAAAUUACAAUCAGAUGUUUUAUUACCAAGAACUUCGCAUGAAUCUUCAAGAAGCCCAUUUGGUUCCAUUGAUGAUCGUUUAAACGUUGAUGCUUUAACUCAGAAUGGAUCAAAUUCUGAAAACUUUGAUGAGGUUACAUUGACACCAGCUGAACUUAACAGAUCACAAAGUAUUGAAGUUAACGAUGCUUCGGGGACAUCUUUAGUACUUAAAAAUUCCAAAGCAGCACCUUCAAUAAUUACAAAUGAAGAAAAUGCUUUUGGUGAACUGGAAUCAUCAUUCCAUCAAAGAAAACAAUCAUUGAAACCAAGGGACUCGAAUGAUCCGAAAGUUGUAUCUACCAUUAUCACAAAUAGUUAUACUGGUAAUGAUCCAUUCGUUGUUAGAUUCUUGAAUAGUAUAAAAAUUGAACCAACUUUAGAAGAAUUUACAGAAUUUGAUAGUCCAGUUCAACAAAUUAAUCUAGCAGCCACUAAAAGUUGGACUCCAAAAGGUGAUUUGAUUUCACAUACUAGGGAACAUAAAUCAAGUAUAACUUCAAUUGAUGCAUCACCAGAUCAUAGUUAUUUCAUAACUGGUGAUAAUGAAGGACACUUGAAACUAUGGGAAACAGCAAGGUUGGAAAAGAAUGUAUCUCAGGUCUCCACAUUAACUGUUGAUUAUGAAUCACCUAUUACCAAAAUCGUGUUUUUGAAUAAUUAUAAUGUCUUUGCAGUGGCAGCUAAAAAUGGCUCAAUUAAAAUUUUAAAAGUCUUAUUCAAGAAGAAUAAAAGAAAUCAUAUUGUUCCUGAUACAUUAACAAUUCUUCGUGAAUUAUAUUUAGAUGGUGAUGACUAUGCUGUGGAUUUACAAUUUGGCACAAGAAAUCAAAAACAUAUACUAUAUUGUGUUACUUCGUCCUCUGAAUUUAUUUCCAUUGAUAUAAAAAACAUGGAAAUCAUAUUAAAAUUAGAUGAAAAUCCAUCAUAUGGUAACAUUACUUGCUUCACUAUUGCAAAAGAUGAUAGUUGGUUAUUAAUUGGUACAUCACUAGGUAUUUUAAGUUUAUGGGAUUUAAGGUUCCAAUUACAUUUGAAAUCAUGGAAAUUUAGAGCUGGAUUUGCCAUUAAGCAAUUAUCAACAUGUUCAGAUAAUUAUCAUUUGAAUAGAAAAAAAGGAAGAUAUGCAACUGUUAUUGGUGGUACUGGUGAUUUAGAUGUUACAAUAUGGGAUGUUAGUACUGGUACAUGUCGUGAAGUAUUUACAAGAUCAACUGAAGGUAAUAGUUUGGAUAAGUUCAAUCUGGAUGAGAUCCAUAAUUUGAAGACUAAUAGCGAUGAUAUUACAAGUAAAUUAUCAGAUCUUUCAAUAAAUAAAAUUGAAGCUGAUCGUUCGUUAACUGCAUUACAAUUAGUGGAAAGACAAGUUGAAAAUAGAAAAAAGUUUUGGGUACUUGCAGCUUCACCAAAUUCAGAUAUGAUAAUGUGGAAUGUAUUACAACCAGAAGAUUCCAAGAUAUUAAAUAGAAGUAUCAAUCAAGAGAACAAACCUACAUUUUCAUCAUCACAGAUCAAUCCAAAUUUAAGAAUCAUUACUGAAAGAUAUCCAACAGAACCAGAAAACACUAGAGAUAAAAGAUUGGAUAAGAAGCUAAAACGUACCAAACAAUCCCUUCUGACAGACGCUCAACAAGACUUGAUCAAGAGACACCAUGAUAUAAUCAAUGGAUUCAUCGUUCUCAGUAGACCUUAUAAUAUGAUUGUCUCUGUUGAUCGCUCAGGUACAAUGAAUGUGUAUAAAUGA